AGCAGGUUAGACUUUUAGUUAUUGGAAUAUGUUCUCAGGGCAGCAUUGCAUCUUAUUGGUUCUCUCAGUCAUCCAAUCAGCGACAGCAGGAGGCGGGACAUGGAUUAUUUGAAUUUUUUUUUUCUCAGGACGCGGGAGACAUCACGCUAAGGAGAUCGUUGCAGUUAAGUUUGGAAAACUUGACCAACCCAAAUGAACAUCUUAGAAACACUGAAGUCCCAAGGACGUCAUCGUGAAGAUGUCCUUGGGACAGUUGGGCCAUUUAAAGUCUUUCUGGGCAGUUUGGAGGCCCUUGUAGGCCCAUCUGAACUUCCAGAUGAGGUAAUGGAUGCCCUAUUUUACAUAAUCAGCAGGAGCCAGCCUGGGACAGAGCCCAUAAAUAGCCAGGCUAUGCGCCUGAUUUUGGAAGGCAGCUCCAGGGCCAGGAGCACUUAUUUUCUAAAAAAAAACAUUCUUAAAGGAGCCAGUGCCAUCUUCGGGCCCUACUUGGUGGGAGAGUGCCACUGGACCCUCUUUCAUUGCAACUUGAAAGAGGGAACCAUUACAUACAUUGACUCAUUGGGGGAGCAUCCACAGCGUUGCUCCCAAAUCAUCGAAAAUUGGAGCUUAUUUGCUGCUAGCAGAGGCUGCCAAGGGCCCUGGAAGUUCAUAAACAGGGACCAUGACUUGCAAAAUGACUCUGUGUCAUGUGGAGUGUUCUCAAUAAUGUUUGCAGAAAUGAUCCUCCAGGGACAACAAGGUCACCUCCAAUGCCUCCCCAUCUCCCAAGAGCGGGAGAGACUUGGGAUUUUGUUGUUUAAAUCCCUUGAUAGUUCAGGCAUUUGUACAGUCUGCUACAAGAAGAUGUCAGGGAAGAAAAAGGAGACAUGCUCAUUCUGCUCUACAGAAAAGAGUCCAAAACCAGAGGCAGAAACAGCUGAGAUGGAGACUGCAGAGGCAGUUGAAGUAGCAAAAACGAAGGUGGAGUUUGUUGCAGAUACAUCAGAUGCAUUUGAAGAGGAGGAGACAGCAUCUGAGAAAAUGGGACCCAACAAAUUUGUAGGCACCCAUGUUGAAGAGGCAGAAACAGUUGAGAUGGAGACUGCAGAGGCAGUUGAAGUAGCAAAAACGAAGGUGGAGUUUGUUGCAGAUACAUCAGAUGCAUUUGAAGAGGAGGAGACAGCAUCGGAGAAAAUGGAGGCAGAAACAGCUGAGAUGGAGACUGCAGAGGCAGUUGAAGUAGCAAAAACAAAGGUGGAGGUUGUUGCAGAUACAUCAGGUGCAGAGGAAGAGGAGAAAGAGGAGGCAUCGGAAAAAAAGGAUGGAUUCUAUGUGGAUAGCCUGUUGAAGGUGGCGUCUUCAAAGAAAGCUAAAAGGCACUUUGUUUCAGUAGAGGAGCUGCAGAGGAGAUGCUCUGCACCAGAGAAAUUCUCUGGUCACCUCAUGGUGACUUAUUUGAGGAAGGCAAAGGGGAAAAAAAAGGAGCUUGUGAGGGAAUUGAAAGAGGCAGGGGUGCAUCUGAGUCCGUAUGGCUCAAACACUACAAUGUGCACCAAACUAGUUGAAGAGGAGUGCCAAGGUCUUGCUAAAGACCUAGGAUAUUUGACUAAGGAAAUACCCUUCAAAAUCAUAGGCAAGCAGCUGGCCGAGCGAGGCUGCAGAAGAGAGGAUCAUGACUUGAGUGCUGAACUCGAUAUAAUCGAACAAGUGUUGGGUGACAAAGUGGACAUGUAUUCAAAGGUCACACACACACUUGGACCCCAAGUAUGCCAGGUUGUGUUUCAGAUCAUCAGAGAGUGCCUUGUUGCAAAAGCAAGGGCUCUAGAAAAUUGAAUUUUGACACUAUUUCUGACACAAUUACACUGCAG